AUGUCCCGAUAUUUAGGCCAAAGCACGGAUUUGGGCGCGUUGAGAGGGGCCACCACGAUCCCGCUCUCAAAAGACGAGGUAGUUCCUCUCCAAAAGUUAUCAGAACAGACGAUAGAAUUGACAAGUUUGCUCGAGUGGUGGUACGAGGAGAUGCUCUGA